AUGAGGAUUACACAACUGUUAUAUAUCUCGAGUGUGGUUAUCGCAUCGAUCGAGGCGGUGGAAUAUCUAAUUCGCUUCGAGACGAAGAAGGCCAAGUGCCUGAAUCCACCCAGAACUGCGAGGAAAGUGGAGUCGGUGAUAAACGAGUGCCAGGAUGAGGUGCGCAAUAAGUUGGUUAAUGAGGCCUAUGAGAUACUCAAAGAGCAGGUGUCCCACAAACAACCGCCCGUUGAUCCCAACGAUGACUCCAUCGACUUUAUCUGGCCAUCUGUCCCAGGAGGCUCUUCCUCCAUCGAUCAGCCCCCCAACAUCAGUCAGUACGAGUAUAUAGUCUACGAUGAGCCCGAACCACAUCGCCAUAUUGCCCGACUUAUGAAGAACAUCCGACGUCUGGAUGUGGCCAGUUCGGGCAUUUACCAUCCCACUUUGGUGCCUCUGGAAGACAAACGCAUUGCGGGAUGCCUGCUGCAUUGCGUAUACGCCAAGAAUAACGCCAUCGACCAGAAGGGUUGGCCCACCCUGGACGGACUGGUCCACUUUUACUCCGAGGGCGUCCACGAGCACGGGUUCUUCAUGGCCACGCUGCGGUCCGUGAACCUCUGCCUCCGGACAAUGACCGCCCGGUACGAAGUGAACCGCAAGGAGCUGCCCAAGAAAGGUGAAAGCUGCGAUCUGGCUUUUGAUGUCUUCGACUGCAUAUCCGACCAAAUUACCGGCUACUGUCUGGAUCAAUACAGCAGAUAUUAAUUAGUUACUCAGUGUGUCUAGUGUGCUUCGCGAAUAAAUGUUUAGUGCAAGUUGAAUUCCAGUUUGUAUCGGU